UUCGAAGUAAUCAGGCCAGUGAAUCACAAUCGGUUUCUAGAAAAUUCCAUUACUGUCACUUCGACAUCUGUCUUCGGGUAGUCGAAUCGUCACUAGAACAUAUGUUCCAGCCUCGGUCGGUAUUUUGACAGUGUCACAGUGAACGACGCAGCCGCAGACGCCUCCAUUAACAGCGCCAGUCAACAGUACAACCAACAGUGAGGUUUCGCUCGCCACUGAUGUAUCAUGGCUUCUCACAAUGGAUAACAACUCGUUUGAUUUUGUUGUCGAAGAAACAAGGCUGAAAACCACCGAUAUAAGCGGAUAGUCGCCGAAUUGUGCGCGAUUCUUUCGAGGGGCAGGUUUGGCGACUAUUGUGAACCGGGUGCAUUUAGCAUGGCUACCGUAAUCCAGAAGAACGGCAUUAAAUCCCUAUCGAACGGCAAUGGUCUGGUACAUCAGCACCACGAGCUGCAGCAGCUCAACGGCUACAGUGAUGUGGUCAACAACAUGGACUCACAAUUGGAGACGAAGCUGGAACCCCACGAACUGACGGAACAAGUGAUCAGUGAUGCGCAAGUCGAGGAGCCCGAAAUCGACAUAGUGAUAAACAAUGUUGUCUGUAGUUUUAGUGUUAGGUGUCAUCUGAACUUGAGGGAGAUCGCCCUGAACGGUACGAACGUCGAAUACAGAAAGGAGAACGGCAUGAUCACGAUGAAGUUGCGACGGCCGUAUACGACGGCCAGCAUUUGGAGUUCGGGGAAGGUGACCUGCACAGGGGCCACGAGUGAGCUGAUGGCCAAAGUGGCGGCGCGCCGUUUCGCCCGUUCCCUUCAAAAACUCGGAUUCAAUGUGCGGUUUAACAACUAUAGGGUCGUCAACGUUUUGGGCACGUGUUCCAUGCCUUUUGCAAUCAAAAUCAACUCGUUCUCUGAGAGACACAAGGAAGCCGACUACGAACCCGAGCUUCAUCCCGGCGUCACGUACAAACUGAAGAGUCCAAAGGCCACGCUCAAGAUCUUCUCCACGGGCAGCGUCACGGUGACAGCGCCGAGCGUGUCGGAUGUCCAGGCCGCCAUCGAGUACAUAUUCCCGCUGGUGUACGAGUUCCGCAAGGAGCGAACACGCGAAGAACUGGAGGCCCUGGCGCAGAAACGACGCGCCCAACACGCCGACGACGACCUACUCGAUCCGGGCAGCGUCGAGGAGGCAUCGUCGACGCGAGACGGCGACUGGGACUAAACACCACCACCCUCACGCGUCCCACGGCCCGUGACCCCCCGCCCCCACGUUUACUUUUCAUUUCUCCUCUCGCAUACUCUUUGGACAAUUUUUUCGGUGUACGUGUGUGUGUGUGUGUGCGUGGUUAUACGCGAGUUCCGGACAAUGACGUCGCGUACACUUAAAACCCCUUACUUACCCACCUCUCCCCUUUCGAUACGGACUGACAGAACGGCGGCACUGCGGUCGCGGAACUGAAGGUUGUACAAAAUCAGUGUAACCAGGCAAUUUGUCUCAUUUGCUUUCAGACUUGUAUGGCCUUAAAUGACUAAAACUCGGUUGUUCUCGCAAGUAAACCACUCGCAGACGCUUCGUAUCAAUUUCAAUAACAUCCUUAUGAAGACUGAUAAGAUUGGCAUUAAACCGCAACCGCUGAUUUUGUGCAAUUCGGUGGUGUUUCGUCGAUUCGAUCGAAUGCCGCACUGCAAACAUUUACAUAACACAAUUUUGGACUAUUAUUACACCCGCUAGUCAAAUCUUCUACUCUAGAAAUUCAUUUUAUGAUUAAGACUGGAUCUAGUUUUAUUGUUUUUAUUAUUAUUUUUUUUUUUUUUUUGUUAUUUAACUUAUUACUUUUCGCCUGCCCCUGUGACGUUACGUAGAUUCGAUAGUUGAUAUCAAGUGUCACGGUGAUAGUUUCUAUUCUAGUCUAGUAAUUCGAUGAAUCGCUGCGAUAGUUACAUGAUUUUUUAAAGUGCAAUAAGACUUCCCCCAAAAUGAAACGAACGCAAAUGUUUGAUGUGACUUGUUUGAAGUCGCAGCAAAUAUUUGCUUGCCUAGUGUGGCUUGAGCAAAAUUAAUUGUCCCCUUCUUUUGCCGGGUAAAUCUCUUGCAACUCUACAAAAUGACCCGUCUACAUAAUGUCACGUGGCAGGGCACUCUUAGAAUAUGCUUUUUAUUUAAGAGACUAGUUUUGUGUUGAGUGUUAUGAAGAUGUUUGUACACUGAUGGUAGAAGACGUCUGCACAUUAACAUUCGUCAAUCUUAGGAAAUAAUUUACGAGAGAUGGUCUGUUUGCUACAAUUGUGACUGAUCAUAACGUCAUUUCGUUUUUGUUAACCCACUCACCAUACUGUAAUUUGUCUGGUUGAUGUUAUAACCGUUGUUUAUGAAUUAAUCUGUGAAAUAUCUCUCCUACACUCAUGUAUAAAAUAUCAAGUUAGUUGAAAUCAUUAUUUAUUUGACAUGUUUAGUGUAUUUAAGUUAGGAUUAGAGCUACUUGACUGAACAUGGAACAAUUUUAAGGGCUUAUUCAUACGAAAUUUACUUGCUUCGAAGAUCUUGAUUGAAAUUGUUAGUAGUGCCAUUUAAGCAAAAAAUGAAUUUAUGUAAUUGCCGGACUGUGGAGUUCGACCAAACCGAAAAUUGACUUGUAGUUUUUUGAUAAUUUUAACGGGCUGCAUUUAUUCCUCAUCGAAUUAACGCAUUAAUUUGUUUUGUAAUUUCUUCCGACACCGAAACGCAGAUGACACAAUAAAGUGCAGCCUUUUUUAAAAUUUCGUUGUUGAAAGUAUUUUUAUUUGGUCCGACAAAUCCUGUUACGUAAGGUUUGUUGGGUUAUAGGCUAAGUACCCAUUCCUUGUCUAUUAGUUCGAAUCCAAGGUCAGAAAUAACUGUGCUCCAAUAUUUCACAGGGUGUUUUUUACUGUGAGAUAUUACACAUUGAAAAGAACUGAAUAUAUUAUGUAUAUGUACCUCACGCUAUUCGCCAAAAUGUGUUUCACAAUAUGACUGACAAGUGGUUCCCCUACACGUAACAAAAGUGCACUGUUUAUAGAUUUAAUUAGUUAUAGUUUAUAUUUAUGUCCAAUUAACUUACACACCAAUGACAAUAUGUACUGUUGUUUUCUGACAAAACUUCUUUCGAGUUAACUGUGUGCUAGGGGAACCACCAAUAACAAAAAUUCGGCACUCUUUCGUGCGGUGCGUCCUAUGAAAAUCAAUAUUAUCGUUUCUAAGCAAUGGCAAACGAAGGAGGAGCUUUUGUACAUAUUAAUUAUUAAGCUAAUAAAUAAUUAAAUCCUCCUGUUUGUGUUUUUGGAUGCACCACAUUCAUUUUAAUGCAUCCUGUAACUCAUACAUUCAUAUUCUGAAUCAUAGCUUAUAGUAAACAUUAAUUUCUAGGUUUAAUUGGUAGACUUUCCCAGUAAUUUAUAAUUUAUAUCAAAUGUAAAAAACUAUUUACUAUGACCUUGGAAGAUAGUUCAAAAGUUAGUCCAUGUAUUGUUGAUUAUUUUAGCUCUUGUCCUCUUUGUUUAAUGUUGGUGUAGAAUAGACUUAGAAUUGUCAAUUUCUUGUGGUUCCUACUCGGGGAAUUAGUUGUGAACCUAUUACCAAAGUAACUUCUUUCAAAUCACAGAGGGCAAUAAGGAUACAAUAAUGUUUAUGAAUACUUCAAAGAUGAAAGUUUACAAAGAACAAAUUUUAUUGUUAAAGAUAUUUAGUCAAUAAAAUCAUGUGUUUUAAAUUAAAUUUACUAGUGUUUUAUUUUGUGUUGUGGCGUACCACUAUCCUGUUUUUAACUAGGUAAUAUUUUGAAAGAAACUGCUUUGGUUCCUUUUACGAAAUAACUGUAGGAUUUGUAUUUGACGGAGUUUUUAUCAAAAAGUUAAAGUCUAGGCUUAACUUUCGGAUGGAAACUCGAACAUUUGUACUUUUACAUGAGCCAGUCUUUAAUAUAUGAUUAGUCUAGGUCUAUGUCCCUUCUCACCCAUAAGUGUCUUAAAAUUGACAUGUUUGUAUAUUGCUGUUUUCCCAUUGUUGCAUUAAAAUAACAAGUGCUUGCAUGUAUAUGUAAGUGCGCCCCCUAGUUCUCUUUCCGAGUCCUGUUGUAGAAGCAAUUUUUGGAACCUUCUCUGGCCUUAAACAUAGUAAUAAAUGUGUGACUUUAAAGACAAACUUCUAUGUGUCUUGAUGUCAAUAGUAAGUGUGAUGAAUGGUCGAUUUAAAGGCGACUCUAAACAAAACUAAAACCGAAUCGUCCAAUUUAUAUUUGUUCCUCUGCAUUAAUUAUAUGCAUUCACCCAUAUACCAAAUCAUAUUUUUUUUAGUUAUUAUUUGAACAAGGUAUUUGAUUUAAUGGCUUGUACUAAAUGCUAGUUCUGAUAAUUUUUCCUUUAUUUUCUACCCUGUAAUCUUUUUAGAGUUAAUAAAGUUUUCUCAUAUUGUUCA